AUGGGCAGGGGUCGCCAGAAACCAAAAAGAAAGGCUCAGGACUGGGACUGCGCGAAAAUCGUCGCAAAUGUUCGGUCUUCAACCUGCGAGAACUGUGUAUUUGUGGUUCUGGUCUUGUCCGGCGCGCUGAACCCUAUUCAUCGUGGGCAUACCGAGCUGCUGCGCCACAGCAAGCACUUGCUCGAAGCUGGCUCCAGCAGCCGUGAGGUUGUCGUGGUUGGUUUCGCCCUCGCGCCGUCCAGCGAGGAAUAUGUCAACGAGAAGCUUGGGGAUCUUGCGAUAAGUCUCGGGGAGAGAAUCCGCUUGUGUGAAGCAGCUGCCUGUUCCGACAGAGAGACUUGUGUGGUGCCUUUUGGUAUUGCCAGCGGGUACCGGACCAUCGCCGAAAUGCGGCCGUGCCUGGAACACGAACUCCUCAUGGCUUCAGUUCAAGUCGAAUUGGAGAUUCUGCCGGUCUAUGGCUCGGACUUCUUGGUGAAGCGGCCUCAGAAUGUGCGCCAGCCCACCUUGAUCGUCUGUAGACAGGAUGAAGACGACUCCGCCCAGAUCGCGAGGCAAAUCGUGGCAGCUGAAUCCAGGCCUCAUCCUGGGUUUCAGCUACUUGAAGUUGAGAAGGGCCUGAUUCCCAACUUCAGCUCCACCGGCGUGCGGAAGGCCUGCGAUGUCAUCCGACAGGAGGCACCGCAAGAGGCAGUUGCGGAGGCUUGGGACUACCUGAAGCGAUCGUUGCACCCCGAAGUUCUGGAGCUCUUCUUCCCAGACGGGAAGGAGCUUGCUGAAGCUUCGUAG